AUGAAUUCUCAAACCCAGGAACACGACUCCAUGUUAAGAGAGUCCAUCAAGCACUUUCUAGCUUCAUACCACAAUGGCAGGCCCGACUACUCCUCUUUUGAGUCUAUUUUCUCUCGUAAGAUUCAGACCAUGCUCGACCCGCCUUUAGAGUUGACCUGGUUCUACUCCGCCAUCACUUUUCAUGCCGCGAGAUCGAGUUCGCACAGCAGCAGCCCUUCUGCUAGAAUUCUGGUGGCCAAGGAUCUGCUGAAUUUGCUGAUUUUUUGCUCUAAUCUGAGCAGCGCGCCUAAAAGGAUUUCCCUUCUCGCUCCUGUGAUGUGCGAGUUGUACGGUAUUGUGUGUGGUUGCAGGAAGCACAAGAUAUCUGCAGCAGGAAUGGAGGUGGAUAAAUUGGUGGAGGACAUUGUCGGAUAUGUUAUGAUGCCGACCCAGGUGUAUGAUUAUGGGCACCGGGAUUUCAAGUGCGAUAGUGUGGUGGAUUGCUUUGAGGAUUUGGUUAGGGUUUGGACGAUUGAUAGAGGUGGGGGUAGCUUUAGCUUUGUGGAGAAUCUGAGGGUCUUUUUCCCUCUGAUGACAGAUGGAAUUUGGAAUGAGGUGAACGGUCGGUGUGGGAUGCGUGAUUUGGUCGGGAUUGUUCUGUGUGAAGUGUUUUUCUUGAGACUUUACCUGAGUUUUGCUUCGGGUGUGUGCAUGGCGGAUCUUCUGAAAUACAUACGAGAUCAGACCGUGCAAACUAUCAUGGGGUUUCAAAAUACACACUUCUUGGGUGAGGAUUUCUUGUUACCUAUCUUCUAUUGUUUCUGUUUUGGAAUCUAA